AUGGCUUCUACACAGAGUGUACAGUGCUUCGGCAAGAAGAAGACCGCGACUGCUGUCGCUCACUGCAAGGCCGGAAAAGGUCUCAUCAAGGUCAACGGCAAGCCCCUCGCGCUCGUCCAGCCUGAGGUUCUGCGCUUCAAGCUCUACGAACCCGUCCUCAUCCUCGGACUUGAUAAGUUCGCCGAUGUAGACAUCCGCGUUCGUGUCUCCGGCGGUGGUCACACUUCCCAGAUCUACGCCAUUCGACAAGCCAUUGCCAAGUCAAUCAUUGCAUACUACCAAAAAUUCGUCGAUGAGCACUCAAAGAACCAACUGAAGACCGCCCUCGUACAAUACGACCGCACACUCCUCGUUGCCGACAACAGACGGUGCGAGCCCAAGAAGUUUGGCGGUCCGGGUGCCCGUGCCAGAUACCAGAAAUCCUACCGUUAA